AUGGCAGAAGUAUUUACUUUAAGUGAAGAUGAUAAAAAUUUGCUAAUUGCCGAAAAAGCUUAUGAAAAAUUAAAAAUAAAUAAUAAGCAACUUAAUGAUGAGUUAAAUUCAUUGCAAAUUUAUAAUCUUAAUCUUGAGAAAGCAAUCCAGAUUCCAGAUGAUGUUUGGGAGUCAUUAAAUAAACGUUGUUAUGAAAAAUUUGAUUUUGAAGAUCUUAUUAAAGAAUCAACUGAAAUAGAAGAAUUACAAUGGGCAGAAAAAACAUUACCUUCUUAUACAAUCUGGGAUAAGUUUAGUUAA